AUGAGGAUUAUGAUUAAGGGAGGUGUUUGGAAAAACACCGAGGAUGAAAUUCUGAAAGCUGCUGUUAUGAAAUAUGGUAAAAAUCAGUGGGCUCGUAUUUCUUCAUUGCUUGUUCGUAAAUCUGCCAAACAGUGUAAAGCUCGUUGGUAUGAGUGGUUAGAUCCUUCCAUUAAGAAGACUGAAUGGACUAGAGAAGAGGAUGAGAAGUUACUUCAUCUUGCUAAGCUUAUGCCUACUCAGUGGAGAACUAUUGCUCCCAUUGUUGGUCGUACUCCUUCGCAAUGUCUUGAACGAUAUGAGAAGCUUCUUGAUGCAGCUUGUGUUAAGGAUGAUAAUUAUGAACCUGGGGAUGAUCCUAGGAAAUUGCGUCCAGGGGAGAUUGAUCCGAAUCCUGAGUCGAAGCCUGCACGACCUGAUCCUGUUGAUAUGGAUGAGGAUGAGAAGGAGAUGCUUUCCGAAGCACGUGCUCGGUUGGCUAACACGAAAGGUAAGAAAGCGAAAAGGAAAGCCAGGGAGAAACAGCUUGAGGAAGCGAGGAGGCUUGCUUCUUUGCAGAAGAAAAGAGAAUUGAAGGCUGCUGGAAUUGAUAUCAGGCAGAGGAGAAGGAAAAGGAGAGGAAUUGACUAUAAUGCAGAGAUUCCCUUUGAGAAGAGGCCUCCUCCGGGUUACUUUGAUGUUGCUGAUGAGGAUAGGCCGGUGGAGCAGCCUGCAUUCCCUACUACUAUUGAAGAACUUGAGGGGAAAAGAAGGGUUGAUGUUGAGGCGCAGCUGAGAAAACAAGAUGUUGCUAGGAAUAAAAUUGCAGAGAGGCAAGAUGCCCCAGCUGCUAUUCUUCACGCCAACAAGCUGAAUGACCCAGAAACAGUAAGAAAGAGGUCAAAACUGAUGCUUCCGCCACCCCAGAUUUCUGACCAAGAGUUGGAUGAAAUUGCCAAGUUGGGUUAUGCUAGUGACCUUAUGAGUAGCGAAGAACUCACCGAAGGCAGCAGUGCUACGCGUGCUCUUCUCUCUAAUUAUCCACAGACACCCAACCAGGCAAUGACUCCUUUAAGAACUCCUCAGAGAACACCAGCUAGUAAAAGAGAUGCUAUCAUGAUGGAAGCUGAAAAUUUGGCCAGGCUCAGGGAGUCUCAGACACCAUUGUUGGGAGGAGAGAACCCAGAGUUGCAUCCUUCUGAUUUUUCUGGGGUCACUCCUAAGAAAAAGGAAAUUCACACUCCAAACCCACUGCUGACUCCCUCUGCAACCCCUGGAAGUGCAGGCCUUACUCCGAGAAGUGGUAUGACACCGGCAAGGGAUGGUUAUUCUUUUGGCAUGACUCCGAAGGGAACUCCUCUAAGGGACGAGCUACAUAUCAAUGAAGGUAUGGAGAUGCAUGACAGUGCUAAACUCGAGCUACGGAAACAAGCUGAUAUGAAAAGAAGUUUGCGCUCUGGUUUAAGCGGCCUUCCACAGCCCAAAAACGAGUACCAGAUAGUGAUGCAACCAGUUCAAGAAGAUGCUGAAGAGCCCGAGGAGAAGAUUGAAGAGGAUAUGUCCGAUAGAAUGGCUAGAGAGAAGGCGGAAGAAGAGGCACGGCAGCAGGCAUUACUUAGAAAACGAUCAAAAGUCCUUCAAAGGGAACUUCCCAGGCCUCCUCCAGCAUCUCUGGAGCUUAUUAGAGACUCUUUGAUAAGAGCUGACGGGGACAAGAGUUCAUUUGUUCCACCAACCCCGAUUGAGCAAGCCGAUGAGAUGAUAAGAAAGGAGCUUCUAACUUUACUGGAGCAUGACAAUGCCAAGUAUCCUCUUGAGGAGAUAGCAAAUAAGGAGAGAAAGAAAGGAGCCAAACGAGCAGCAAAUGGGCCUGCUAUCCCUGUCAUAGAAGAUUUUCAGGAGGAUGAGAUCAAAGCUGCUGGUAUGUUGAUAAAAGAUGAAGCCCAGUAUCUCCGUGUGGCAAUGGGGCAUGAAAAUGAUUCCCUUGAUGAAUUUGUUGAAGCGCAUACCACUUGCAUUAAUGAUUUAAUGUACUUUUCCACUCGUAAUGCCUAUGGUCUAUCAAGUGUUGCGGGAAAUACGGAGAAGCUAGCAGCUUUGCAGAAUGAAUUUGAGAAUGUGAGAAGUAAGUUGGAUGAUGGUAAGGAGAAAAUGAUUCGACUUGAGAAGAAGGUUACAGUACUCACGCAAGGGUAUGAGAUGAGAUCAAAAAAAAGUCUUUGGCCGCAAAUUGAGGCCACUUUCAAGCAGAUGGACGUCGCUGCAACAGAAUUCGAGUGCUUUCAGGCUUUAAAAAAGCAGGAGCACUUAGCAGCAUCACAUAGGAUAAAUAAUCUUUGGUCUGAAGUUCAGAAGCAAAAGGAACUUGAGAGAACUUUACAGAAGAGAUAUGGAGAUCUUAUGGCAGAGCUGGAAAGGACACAAAAUGUAAUGGAGCAAUUCAGGGUGCAAGCACAGCAGAAGGAAGAAAUUGAAGCAAAGAAUCAAGCAAUAGAAGAGGUACAAGCACAGCAGAAAGAAGAAAUUGAAGCAAAGAAUCAAGCAAUAGAAGAGGUACAAGCACAGCAGAAAGAAGAAAUUGAAGCAAAGAAUCAAGCAAUAGAAGAGGUACAAGCACCACAGCAAGAAGAAACCGAAGAAAAGGAUCAUGUACCUGAGAGUACUGAAGCCACAGCUGAUGAAAUUAAUGUUGAGGGUACAGAAAAUUGUGAAGCGGCACCCUCGUCAGCUGACCAGCAAAUAGCUACCGUCCAAGAUCAGGCUAUUUCUAGCUCCAAAAUUGAUAUGGAUGUGGAUUCUCGUGAAGCACAAAUGACACACAGCUUCGGUGUUACAUCACCUGAUGCACUUGCAGAAGAUGAGAGUGCAAAAGUUGUAGAAAGCAAAAACAUUGGAAGUGAUAUUGAUAACAGAGAGACAACAGUUGUUGAUAUGAGUGCUGCAGUUGAAAUAAAAAGUAAUGAGGGAAAUGGGGAAGGUCAAAAUGUUGAGAACCCUGACGAGGUUAUGGAAGCUGCAAACCAACCUGAUAGUAGCAUAAAAGAAACUACCCUGCUUGAGGGCAUGCAAGUUGCUGAUGAUGCUAAAGGAGAUGAGGCAAAUUAG